GUACAGUUACAUCCGCUUGAACUCGAGGCUAUGUGUUUCCGCCCAAUUGUAAUGUUUGUUGAUGAGGAAGGAAUAUGUGUUGGGUUGGAAAUGGAGGAUAAUCCAGUUUAAUCUAGGGUGGAAUUCUGUACAUUUUAGGUUUUGUGAUGUAUUGCAGGAAUUAAGUGUUCCACGUCUGCGUUGAAUGCAAGAUGCAUCUGUACAACUUAACCUUGCAGCGUGCCACAGGCAUCACGCAUGCUGUCCAUGGCAAUUUCAGUGGCAGUAAGAUGCAGGAGAUACUAGUAUCGAGGGGGAAGUCUCUUGAAUUAUUGCGUCCGGAUCCCAACACUGGGAAAGUACAUACUCUCUUGACUGUUGAAGUUUUUGGAAUAGUGCGAUCCUUAAUGGCUUUUCGAUUGACAGGAGGAACAAAAGAUUACAUUGUAGUUGGCUCAGAUUCGGGUAGGAUUGUCAUCCUGGAAUAUAUCAGCACAAAGAAUAUUUUUGAAAAAGUGCAUCAAGAAACGUUUGGGAAAAGUGGCUGCAGAAGAAUCGUACCUGGCCAAUAUUUGGCAAUCGAUCCCAAAGGAAGAGCUGUUAUGAUAGGUGCCAUCGAGAAACAGAAGCUGGUGUAUAUUUUGAAUCGAGAUGCAGAGGCAAGGUUGACCAUCUCAUCUCCCCUUGAAGCCCACAAAAGCAACACUUUGGUGUAUCAUACUGUUGGUGUAGACGCUGGGUUUGAAAAUCCAAUGUUUGCCUGCUUGGAAAUUGACUAUGAGGAAGCAGACACAGAUCCAACAGGAGAAGCAGCACACAAGACACAGCAGACACUGACGUUCUAUGAGCUGGAUCUUGGCUUGAACCAUGUCGUUCGUAAAUACAGCGAACCGUUGGAGGAACACGCCAAUUUCCUGGUGUCUGUUCCUGGUGGAAAUGAUGGACCCAGUGGAGUACUUAUUUGCUCUGAAAACUAUUUGACAUAUAAGAACUUGGGUGAUCAACAUGAUAUCCGGUGUCCUAUUCCUCGAAGGAGGAAUGAUCUGGAUGAUCCAGAGAGAGGGAUGAUUUUUGUAUGUUCAGCAACACACAAGACAAAAUCAAUGUUUUUCUUCCUUGCACAAACUGAACAAGGAGAUAUUUUUAAAAUUACUUUGGAAACUGAUGAAGACAUGGUGACAGAGAUAAAGCUGAAAUAUUUUGAUACAGUGCCAGUUGCAUCUGCUAUGUGUGUAAUGAAAACAGGAUUCCUGUUUGUUGCAUCAGAAUUCGGCAACCACUAUUUAUACCAGAUUGCUCAUCUUGGUGACGACGACGACGAACCUGAAUUCAGUUCCGCUAUGCCCUUGGAAGAGGGUGACACUUUCUUCUUUGCACCAAGACCACUACGAAAUCUAGUCCUUGUUGAUGAGCUGGACUCUCUUUCCCCCAUUUUGGCAUGCCAAGUUGCAGAUUUGGCUAAUGAGGACACACCACAACUGUACAUGCUGUGUGGGCGUGGACCUCGGUCUUCUGUGAGAGUUUUAAGACAUGGGUUGGAGGUGUCUGAGAUGGCGGUUUCAGAACUUCCAGGCAACCCAAAUGCUGUUUGGACUGUAAAAAGACGAGUCGAUGAAGAAUACGAUGCAUACAUCAUAGUGUCCUUCGUUAAUGCCACUUUAGUAUUGUCAAUUGGUGAAACUGUUGAAGAAGUAACAGAUUCUGGUUUCCUUGGCACCACUCCUACCCUAUCGUGUUCAGCCCUUGGAGAGGAUGCGCUUGUACAGGUAUAUCCAGAUGGUAUUCGUCAUAUCCGUGCAGACAAGCGUGUAAAUGAAUGGAAAGCACCAGGAAAGAAGACCAUAGUUAAAUGCGCAGUGAACCAGCGUCAAGUUGUCAUUGCUCUCACUGGAGGAGAGCUUGUGUACUUUGAAAUGGACCCAACGGGACAGCUUAAUGAAUACACAGAGCGCAAAGAGAUGCCUUCUGAGGCAGUGUGUAUGGCCCUUGCUAAUGUGCCUACUGGGGAGCAGAGGUCUCGCUUCCUUGCCGUGGGCUUGGCCGAUAAUACAGUGCGAAUCAUUUCGCUUGAUCCCUUGGACUGCCUUUCCCCGCUUAGUAUGCAGGCCCUUCCUGCAGCAGCUGAAUCUCUCUGCAUAGUAGAGAUGGGAGUGGGGGAGGCAGGGGGUGAAGGUGAGCCUGGAACCAGUGGCUCACUCUACCUCAAUAUAGGACUGCAGAAUGGUGUGUUGCUGCGGACUGUAUUGGAUCAGAUCACGGGUGACUUGGCAGAUACGAGGACACGAUACCUUGGAUCUCGUCCCGUAAAACUGUUUCGUAUCAAAAUGCAAGGCAGUGAAGCUGUUUUGGCCAUGUCAAGUCGAUCAUGGUUGAGUUACUAUUAUCAGAAUCGUUUUCAUUUGACACCUUUGUCUUACGAGUCACUCGAGUAUGCCUCAGGCUUCUCGUCAGAACAAUGCCCAGAGGGAAUCGUUGCAAUUUCAACAAACACACUUCGUAUCUUGGCUCUGGAGAAGUUGGGUGCUGUCUUCAAUCAGGUGUCUUUCCCAGUGGAUUAUACACCUCGUAAAUUUGUGAUCCACCAUGAGUCUGCACACCUGAUUAUUACAGAAACAGAGCAUAAUGCUUAUACUGAAGACACAAAGAAACAGAGGCGAAUACAGAUGGCUGAGGAAAUGCAAGAGGCUGCCGGAGAGGAGGAGCAGGAGCUUGCCCGUGAGAUGGCAGAGGCAUUUCUCAAUGAGGACUUGCCAGAAAGUGUGUUCAGUGCCCCAAAGGCCGGGCCAGGCAUGUGGGCUUCUGUAAUUCGUGUCCUGGAUCCAGUUGAAGGCAAGACAGAGCAGCUGAUAAAGCUGGACCAAAAUGAGGCUGCUCUCAGUAUUGCCUUGGUGAAGUUCGGAAACCAAGCUGAUAACCAGCAAUUUGUAAUUGUAGGAGUUGCAAAGGAGCUGCAGCUAAAUCCUCGUCAGGUUGGCGGAGGUUUCCUCUACACUUACAAAGUGAAUGCUGACUGCACACAUUUGGAUCUGGUCCACAAGACGCCUGUGGAUGAAGUUCCUUCUGCAAUAGCUCCGUUCCAGGGCCGCAUCUUGGUUGGCGUUGGCCGCAUGUUGCGUUUAUAUGACAUGGGACGGAAGAAACUACUUCGGAAGUGUGAGAACAAGCAUAUUCCAAACCUGAUAGUGAAUAUCCAAGCAAUGGGGCAUCGCAUCUUUGUGUCUGACGUACAAGAAAGCGUGUAUAUGGUCCGGUACAAACGACAAGAAAACCAGCUGAUCAUCUUCGCUGAUGACACACAUCCACGUUGGAUAACAACAGCCACAAUUCUCGACUUUGAUACCGUAGCCACAGCUGACAAGUUUGGAAAUAUUGCAGUUAUCCGUUUGUCAGGAAACAUAACCGAUGAUGUAGAUGAAGAUCCAACAGGAAACAAAGCUUUGUGGGAUCGUGGACUUCUAAAUGGGGCCUCCCAGAAGGCUGGCAUUGUUGCUAAUUUCCACGUGGGAGAAAUUUGCAUGUCAUUGCAGAGAGCAACACUGAUUCCUGGUGGCAGUGAGUCGUUGGUGUACACGACAUUGUCGGGUACAGUGGGUGUGCUGGUACCCUUCACGUCACAUGAGGAUCAGGACUUCUUCCAGCAUUUGGAAAUGCACAUGCGGUCUGAGAACCCUCCAUUGUGUGGUCGGGAUCACCUUUCUUUCCGCUCAUAUUAUUAUCCUGUAAAGAAUGUUCUGGAUGGUGAUUUAUGUGAACAGUUCAACUCCAUAGACAUUGCCAAGCAGAAGAGUAUUGCUGAUGAUUUGGACCGUACCCCAAGUGAAGUCUCAAAGAAGCUAGAAGAUAUUCGCACCCGUUACGCAUUCUGAUUUCAGCACUGGUCCAGCCACAUGAAAGCUGUGUCAGUGCAUAUUAGUUGUAAUGUUGACAUACUGAAUGACAAAACUAAUCAUUUGCUUCACAUCAUGCAUUCCCUUAUGUUAUUAUUUUGACGAGGUUAUCUAAUUGGUGACUGUAAAAUUAAGAAACGAUAUACAGUGGAAGUCUCUUUAUAAAGGCUGAAACGUGACAUUAGAACUUGUUUCUCAUAGGCAGUUCAAAAGCUUAAUCUUAAAGUUUCUUCUGAAAUCAGGCAGUGAAUAUUGUGACCUUCUUGUGUUAUGUGCAGGUAAAUAUUGUGGUGCCUCAUUAUGACUGGUGAAAUGUGAAGAUGGGAGUUUGUAGCGGAAGCAACACAAUAAAGCUUUCUGAAAUUCUCAUAUAAGGAAUAGCUCAGGUGGAAUAAAAUGUUGUGGCCCUAUCAUAUUGCCUGUAAGAUAUAUUUUUUCCCUCCAUAGUAGGAUUUCUUAUCUCUCUCUUUUUUUACGUAAAAGUACAUAUAGUAUGGAUAUACAUCUCUUGCCCUGUGCACAAGUGUCAUCACCGUCCACCAUAUACACUUCUCCAUCCUUGAUUUAUUUAUAAUGGGACUGACGGUUCAGAUGAAAUGAUAGUGAUUGGGUAGGUGUAUCGGAUUCAGUUUACAUGAGGAUAUCAGGGAUGAUGUCACACAUUUCACUGAAUGAUUAUGCAUUGUUAAUGGUUAUUCAGAUGAAGUUCCCAAGUUGAUAUACAGUAUCACUGGAUGGUAACAGACAGUGUGUCUAUAUACUUCACACUGGUAAACUUUUAUUAAUGAAUUUGCCCUUGUUGGACUUGGCUCAAGUCAAGUAAUUUGUUUUGUUGCACAAGUGGCAUUGAAAUUGCCUUGUCAGGAACCAAUCCAAGACUGGAAACAGCUUUUUUUAAAGCUAGUAGCUAUUUCAGAUUUGUGACAUCAGGGGAAUGCUAGUGUACACUCUUAGAGGGAUGGAAAUUAUGGCCUUUGUUAUGAAUCUUUUAUAAUUAUUCUGUUCUUAACAGAUUGUGUGGUGUAUUGCCCUGAAGGUAAACGUCCCCAACUCCAAGCCAAAUUCACCUCCUGUUAUAAACUGACCUCACUAAGCUUCAGUGUCUGAAAAAACUCAUUAUUACCGAAACAAAGCAAGGCAGUAUGAUGUUUGAUUCUAAUAUCUUAAAUAAAUACAAAUGUCAUAACCAAAUUAUCAUUAAACGGAUAUAUAAGUAUAUAUUGUAUCAAAUUUUAAAUGGGCAGAGUAGAAAUCAGUGUCAUUGCUUAACAUUUUCCAGUCAUUGCAUAUGUUAAAACUUCUGCACCCAGGUCGUCUAGGGAUUUUUAAAUGCCUGCAGAGCCUCUUAAAGUGAGCUAUUUUGCUCAACAAAUUGUUGUGCGAAGAGCAUAAAGUGAAAAGGCAAAAUGUGUACUUACCAGCACAAUGCAAGAAGACAAAUUCUCUGCCUUGUAGUGGUGUAUGACAAUCAAGUGUAGAGAGAGGUUUUAGUGUUUUACAGGCUCACAUUGCCUGAUGUUCUCUAGUAUAAAAUAUACACAUAUUCCUUUCCUCUUAUAAAUUUCACUCUUCUGUGUACACAAACAACAAAAUACCUGGUCAACUGUGGGACCUACACUAAAACUUUUUGAACACUGCUGUAAUAUCUGUCAGUGUAAAGGUGGUAGCCUUCUACACCAGGCACAAGUUCUAGUCUGUCCAUCAAGGAAAGAACUGUUCUUGAGGUGAAAGUUUUUCUGAGUACGGCAAGUUAUGCACGUGACCUGUAAGUUUUCCGUAAUACAGAAUUAUACCGUGAAUUCAACCAGUGUCUCUGUCAGCUAAUACAAAUAAUCUGAUGCCCCACUUUGUAGGUAUUUUUGGAUUAUAAGUUUUGAAAAUUAUUUUGCCCUUGAACUCAGCUGUUGAUUCAUCUAUUGCAGUGUUUUUACCUGGCACAAAAUAUAUCUGAAAAUGCUUAUAUAUUUUAUCACCCAAUGUACUUUCCUUGUUCUUUUGAUGGUAUCAUUAUCCACAUACAUCAUCCAAAAUAUAAGCAAAAAGUGAACUCUUAAACAUAACAUCAUCAAAAAAUGGUAUGUGUUACCCUCUUACUUUUUGUAAUGUUAUUAGGCCCAUAAAAACAUCAUUUCAGUAACUGACACGUCAGACCAGCUACUCCAGAUGGACCUCGGGCUAAGCUGAAGUUCAAAAUUUUGCCUCUCAUACCUGUUUGUCUUUAUAACAGUCUUAUUCAGAAGCUUGUAAUUGAAAAUAAACUAGAAUAAUGCAUGGGCUCUUGCGUCUGGUAGAAGGUUAAAUUGUGGCCCAGCGUUUUUAGUAAAUUUGUAUGCUUUGGGCUUCUUGUCACACAUUGUCACUUCCUACCAUGAAUCAAUAAGCAAAACACUUGUUCCACACUCGCUCUCACUUUCAGACAUUUCAUUUCUUGAUUCUUCACUCGCAGUUUCUCUUUCAUUUUCCAAUUCCAUGUCAUCGGAGUCUAUUUUGAGUUCAUUCCUGACAUGCAGCAUCAUAUUUUUUGUUCUUUCAUGUCAGAAGGCAAGACAUCUACCUGAAUGCAAAACCAUGUUGUGCACAUUGAUACACAGUAAUAUGUAAAUGGCAUUUGUUCCUCAAGUAGUUCAGAUUAUAUGACUUCCAGAUGGCAGAAGAAUGCAGACUAAACAUUCAUGAUUGCAGUUGUAUAGUAUACAAUGGCAAGUAGCGACAUUUGACCAAAAUAUUGGAGAAACGCAAAAGAAACUUUGUGCUCAUAUAUUGACAUUCGUCCCUGGAAGCACACACUCAGUGUCAAUUGUAUUGACACAUGAUGAGAAAGGGUUAAAGGUUUUACUCGUGAGCUACAACCUGUGUCCAAAAUCAGGUUAGAGAAAGGGAGAGACUGUAGUCAGUGGUGUCAGAACAUCUCUUUCUGUUACAGUACAGAUGUUCUCAGGAUAUGGGCCUCCAGAAUUAAAAUGAAGUAAGCACUGGGGGUUUUGCUGGAAAUCUGAAACUACAUGUUUGUGAAGCAUGAGUCUGCAUGAGCAACAAACUGUUAUAUUCGUUAGGCACUUUUGUGGACUUCUUGAUAUAUCACUGUUUAAGGUGUACAGUGCACUAAAUAAUUCAGUGGCAGUUUUAGUGGAAGCCAGGGAAUUAACAGGCAGAGAAUGCAAACAGUUGUUAGACCUUGCAUUUUAUAGCAGGGCCAAGUCCAAAUAUAAUAAACUGGAACAAGAAGUAAUUUUCUUGAUUCUAAGAUGCCAUGAGAUAAAAGGGAUGGCGUUGAUUUUGGUUUCAUACUGUGACAGCCGUUUCAGAGACAUUGCAAAGUAUCUGGGGAUUGAAAUUUAAUGUAAAAAUUAAAACACCCAGCAGCCAACUGAGAUACCAGUGGAACGUUCAACAGUCACAGAGAGACCCACAUUCAGCUCCCCUUUUGGAUUGUUGAUGGUGAGAAUAGGUGUGAUCUACCUGCAUUGCGUAGUAUUAGUUAAUAUUAAAAUUAUUUUGUAUUUUGAGUCACCAAGCAAGUCCCUAUCAGGUAACAUGUAAUGAUGACAUUAAAUGCAGAAACAUGUUGAAAUACUUGGAAAUCUCCUUUGUUGCCAUGUUUGUUUGCUGCUAUGGUCUCAUUUAGUCGUGGAUUCAUAGAUUCCAUCAAGUGUAAGACAUGCCCAAAUUUCAGAAGGUGUAAAAUUGGAGGAAAAUGCAUCUUGGAAUUGAAAGCCCAAAGGUUAGGGCUAGACAAGAAAGGAGUUGACAGACGCACUGGAGGUGGGUAAAUAUAGAUGAAAUAAGGGCACAACAAGAAGAAGAUGGUUUAUAACAACACAUCUUGCAGCUUCCCAAACUACAAAGGGCUAUCCAGCCCACCCAACCACUCCUGUUAAGACCAGAGGAGUUGGCAGCUCGAAUGACCAGUAAGUGCAAUGCAGUUCAUCUGGCUUGCAGAGGGUAGGGAAUAUAUAAAACAGCAGGUAGGAAAAAGCCAGAAACCUUUGCUUGGUCAUAGAAGGGAGGAUACAUAUGUCAAAAUUUUAUCACUUCAAUCUCCAUUACUGGAGAAAAUUCUUGUGGGACUUCAUAGUUGUGGCUUUGUUAUUUUGUUGAGCUAUUUCUAAGAAAAUUGGAAUAAAAGCAGUUCACUAUAACCCAA